GAUGGAGCCAGGUGAGGAGCUGGAAGAAGAGGAGUCUCCAGGCGGUCGGGAGGAUGGCUUCACCGCCGAGCACCUGGCAGCAGAGGCCAUGGCAGCCGACAUGGACCCUUGGCUGGUGUUUGAUGCUCGCACCACACCUGCCACUGAAUUGGACGCCUGGUUGGCCAAGUACCCACCAUCACAAGUUACCCGCUAUGGGGACCCUGGUUCACCCAAUUCUGAGCCUGUAGGCUGGAUUGCAGCCUAUGGGCAGGGCUACACCCCCAACUCAGGUGAUGUGCAGGGCCUGCAGGCAGCUUGGGAGGCUCUGCAGACCAGCGGGCGACCCAUUACACCAGGUACCCUGCGCCAGCUGGCCAUCACCCACCACGUGCUCUCUGGCAAGUGGCUGAUUCACCUGGCACCUGGCUUCAAGCUGGACCAUGCCUGGGCUGGCAUUGCCCGAGCUGUGGUUGAGGGCCGGCUUCAGGUAGCCAAGGUGAGCCCACGGGCCAAGGAGGGUGGGCGCCAGGUCAUCUGUGUUUACACCGAUGAUUUCACGGACCGCUUGGGUGUACUGGAAGCAGAUUCAGCCAUCCGUGCAGCAGGUAUUAAGUGCCUGCUCACCUACAAGCCAGAUGUCUACACCUACCUGGGUAUCUACCGUGCCAACCGCUGGCACCUCUGCCCCACUCUCUAUGAGAGCCGUUUCCAGCUUGGAGGCAAUGCCCGUGGCUCUCGAGUGCUGGACCGUGCCAACAAUGUGGAACUGACCUAGGGGGGCCAAGUGGGAAAGACCAUUCUCUGCCCUGUUGCUGGGGAUGGAUCCAACUGUCUUCCUUCUCUUUAUCCCAAGAAGGCCACGCACCCCAGCAAUGAGGAUUAGGUCACUCAAGCACUGCCUACAUCUUCAGUCCCUUGAGCUUUGCCCUCUUUUUUGGACUGACUCCAGCUCCCAGAGCCUGAGUGCUCUGGCUCCCUGAGGGCUGGGAUCUCAGCCUCGUCAGUGCUGCUCCCUUCCACUGCCCAGGACCACAGGUUGGGUGCAGAUACUCAAGAAGAGAGCCUUCCCCUGGUCACCCUCACCUCCAACUAUACUUCUCCCUCCUGCAUUCUUCCCUUCUCCCCUCAUAAAGGGGAAAACUUAGUGCUUCCAGUCCCUCUCCUUGGAGGCAUCAUAACCCAGGGGGCAGGGACCCUGCAGGACUGAGCAUGCCAUUUUCUGGGGGGUAGUUGUGCUCACCCAUCCCCUGGCAGAGAGGGGAUGCAGAGCUGUGGACAUGGGACCUCCCUGCCAACUCACAGCUGCAUUACCUUUCUCCCUUCCUUGGCUGCCUUGACAUAUGCCUGCUCCUGGCAUUUCAAUAAAACCCAGUUUGGGUCUGUGUCUUGAGUA